AGAUAUUCGUUUUCGCUAGAUUAUUGUCGGGGAAUUACCUGUGUGUGUUAUAGACAAUGUAUAAAUAGCCGCUUUGUUGGUUCGUUUAGUUCCUCUUUAUCUCUGUACUACUCAAUGCUUUCGACUUGCUGAAAAUGGUCAUUUGUACUUGUGUGCGCGUAUAUAGCAAGUGACUUCUAACACCUCAUGGUAAUAAUAUGGCGGCGAUGGUAGAGCCUCCGGUGAAUGAGAGAAAAGUUUCAGCGGUCGAAAUGCAACAAGAAUAUUAUGAAGCUGUUGGAGAUGUAGAUUGGGAACUAUACGAGAAGAAGGAUAGAAAGUACUUGCUACAAAAAGUUGCUGUAGCACUAUGUGGUCUACCUACAAAAGAAGGCAAUUUGGCGACAAACGAUAACGAUUUAAAAUUACAAGGAUACGAGUUAAGGGAAGAGGAAGCUAUCGAUAGAGUUUUUAGCAAAAUAUGCGAACAAGCAAAAUAUUCGCAGGACAAUGAAAGUAUAUUUAUCUCCAUUAUAAGGGUAGUCUGUGUUAGUCCAAAGAAGAUUGUGCCAUUUUACGAAAUUACACCAUCAGAUUACUGGGUGGACUUGCAUGAGAAAAAAAGUGAUGUUGUUGACUUAAUACCGUUUCACGUGUUUAGCCUGAGAAAAUGCAUUCCCACUAAAUCUGGAGAAGAAGGAUGCCGGGUCUUCAUAGAUCACGAUGGAAGAGUAUAUCAAAAUUGGGAAGCUUAUUUAUCUGAGAAUAAUCUACCGCAAUGUGUAAUGGUGCUUCCAGAAAAUGGGCAAUACAGAGGAAGUUUUGACCUGGAUAUAGACAACGUAACGGAUUUAUAUGAGCUGGAGAUAAUGCCUCUUGUAAAAUGCUCAGUUGUACCAUCUCCUGCUUUGGGUAUCGGUGCUAAAGUACUGAGUGUGGCUGACACAGUAAGCACAGUUGCCAACAUCGGUGCCCUGGUAGGAAUGGCUGGAGGUUUGUUGAUUCCUGCUGCCGCACCAAUAGUCUUAGGCACUGCGGUGGGAGUCGGAGUUGCAAGCGGGGUUUACGGGAUUGUUCGUUCAUCCAUCAACUUGGCGGACAGGAGCAAACACGAGCAGAGUAUCGGAUUUGAAACCGCCGAAUCCCGAGCAAGCUGGAUCAACAUUAUAGUGUCCGCGACUGGCAUCUCUGUCAGUGGUGCCACUAAACUGUUAUCUUGGGCUGCAUCAUCGGGCACCAAUGUCACUAUACUUAUGAACGCUGUUCGUGUUUUGCAAUACGCUAAUUUAGGCACGGGUUUCUUAGGAGUUGCCAACAGUUUGGCAGAUAUGAUUGUCAAUUAUACUAAGUAUAACCAGACACCAACGACCCUCGAAAUCUUUCAAUUUACCACCUCGGCUUUAUUCUUCGGGAUUGGUGCUAUGUCCAAUCAAACUGCACAAGAAAUAGUGCAAGACGCGCAAGCUAAAACGAUUAAUGAAAUUAGAGAUUCUCUACCCAGUAACGUGAAAAAGAAAAUGUUCGACAAAGUUAAUGCUGAAACUCGCAGGGUACAGGGAACAGUCAAAGGAAAUGCCGACGUAAUAAAAGCAUUACAAAAAAUAGAAAAUAAAAAUGAUUUCUUUGCCAAAAUAGCAAGAAUCAAUAAACAGAUGAACAAAAAUAAGCUAAGAAUAUCUUUAGCGCCGGACGGUAAUCCACUAAUUAACAAUCAACACAAAAUUGGUAUACAAGAACUACAUGGACUUGGCAAAAGUGGAAGAGACCAACUGUUUUCAAAAUAUGGUCCUGCUAAAAUUAAUUCGAAGAAUGCGCCAACCAGGAUAUAUGCUUCUAGCAGCUCCAACAAUACCUUCGGAUUUUCAAAAGAAAGUCAAUGCUUUAUCAGGCCAGAAGAAAUUAUUAAGAUCAGUAAUUUCUUAUUGAGUUUAUGCAGGGCAGAUCAAGAUGUCAUUUUCGAAAUUCUUAGCGAAAUCACUAGUAAUGCUCACGAUGCGUUUUUACUUUUUUGUGCCGAAUUAAUAGCUUGUCUCGUACCCUUUGAAAUAGAAUUAUUGUUCUCUCUUGACCACGAUUAUAAAGUGCGUAUAGUACUGUAUGUCUUCAACUAUAUAAAAUCUAAAAUAAAUAUGAACGAUUCGGACGCAGAUAUUUCUUUUGUACGUAUAAUAAAAAAGUUUUUCAGGGAUGGCAAAGUAGAUGUAGACACAAUAAAAAAAGUGAAAGAAAAGCUAAUGGAGAGAUUAUAUGAAAGAAUGUCUUCAACUGAUAACGAAAAGACGAAAUAUGAUAAAUAUGACGAUUUAUUUAAUUUUCGAAAAUCACGAAAUGUUCGAUUUAUGACACUGGAAGCAGAUGAAAUCGUCACAAUAGGUAAACACAAUAUUUUUGUCAAAGCAAGCACAACAGAAAACCUUGAUCUUUGGCUCGAUAUGUUCCCGCAGGAGGUGUGCGACGUGUUUCUAAAUUUAUGCUUUAAAGUUAUAUCACUUUUAACUACAGACGAAAUAAACAAAUUGAUUGAAAUUAAUUUUGAUGAAGAUAUAAUAUUAAGAGUUUCAUACUAUUUAAUAUUUGAGACCGACGGAGAGGUGUUUGAUGUUAUAAGAGAAGACUACUAUACUGAAUUAUUUAUUGAUGUUGCUAGUAACUAUAAAGAAGAGCUAAUAAAGUGGAGAUCUCGUCAAAGUGUACAGAAGUAUGUGGAAUGCAAGACGUGCUCAGGCGUUCGUUUUUCAGAGCUGUAGAUUUAUGUUUGUUUAAUUUGCCUUAUUUGGGGUUUAGCACUUUAUUAAUGUUUUUUAUGCCAAUAAUUAUUGUGAUAUUCAAAUACUGUAAUGUAUAAUAAAGAUAAAAUUCAAUUUAGGAUAACUUUACCUGUCGAUGUCUGCAUAAUUUAUUUUACCUUUCAGCAGACUUGCUACCUGUGAAAGGGUCUGUGAAUUUUCAAACUAAAAAGCAACUUGUAUACUUGCGACCAAUUGUAGUCAACUUUGUUUUUUAAGAAUGUAGGUAGGUAUGUAUUUAAAAUGUUUAUUUAUUAUGUAUUCACGCACACCAAUUAUUAAAUAAAACAACAAUUUUAACGAGUUGUAAAGCAAAAAUACUAAAAUUUAAUAUUUUUGUGUUUAAUACUUAAUAAAAUAUUCGUACACAAAGACAAGCAAAGUUUUGCAAAAUUGUUCUGGGAUAUACCCGAAGGAGCACGAAUAUGAACAUCUAAUAUAUAAAAUUCUCGUGUCGCGGUGUUUUUGGUUAAACUCCUCCGAAACGGCUCGACCGAUUUUCGUGAAAUUUUAUAUGCAUAUUCAGUAGGUCUGAGAAUCGGAUGUAAUCUAUUUUUCAUCCCCCUAAAUGUUAAGGGUACCCCCCCCCCAUUUUUUUUUUAAUUAUAGAUAAAAAAAAAUUUUUAAGUUUUUUAUGAUUUUUUUUUUAUGGGGGUACGAAGUUCGCUGGGACAGCUAUUUAGUAGGUAUUUCUAUAGAUAUUCAAUAUACGGAUGGUGACAUUGUAAUGCUCCAUACCUAUAUAAAUAAUUAUAAAAAAAGUGGCUACAGACUUUUAGACCGGGCGCUGGAUGGAAGUGAGUGUGCAAAAUAUGAGGACCGCAUUCUGUGUAUAGUUUUGAACUCUGGAAAGCUUGCAGAUUAUGAUUCUAAAUGUUGCCGGGAGAUUUAUUGGUCCAUUUUUUUUUACAAUCCACCCCCUUAGAUAUCAAGUAUGAACAAAUGCCUAGGAAUCAUUUCAAUGAUUAUUUUAGUUACGAUAUCCGAUAGUUUCUUAUAAUUAUAAAUAAUUAUAGCUAGUUAAUUGAAAAAUAAACAAAAAGAUUAAAAAUAAAAACAAAAAUUGUUGAUAAAAAUAGCAAAUAAGAUAAAAAAGCAAGUUUGAACAUAAAUCAUACAGAAAAAUACAAAUAAUUAAUCUUCUUUAUUUUCACAGUCAUUAUGAAUACAUUUGCACGAUAAAAUACAAUUUACUUGUAAUUUUUUACAAGAACAGGCCUUUGUAUGACAAUUUGAUCUACAUUUACAGGGCUGGAUCAACGAUUCUAGCAAUGGUUGCUUCGUCAGUUGUCGUGGGUAUAAUUUACCAUCUUUUUUUUCAUAGCCUAAUACUCUGUAAUCAAUAGGCUGUAGUAGUGUUUGCUCAGCCUUUAUCCAUAUAUAUGUUUGUGCUGAAGCUCUUAACAAAUGUAAAUAAAAACUUUCAAUAACUUUAAGUUGAAUCCGAUAUUUUGAGAUAUUAAUUUAUACCGAAGUUCAUUAGCAGUUAAUAUUUUCUUUGAGAAAAGAUAGAGGCAAACGGUUUCUAAUUCUAUUAACUGUUCUACGCUUAGAUAUGGAUUCCUAAAUGUCUUAGAGCUUUUUGUACAAAAUCCAACGUUGCAGCUUUUAGAGCUUUUUUUUUCGAGCCCAAUCUGCUAGUCGAAUCGCAACCACUUAGAGAGUGUAAUGCUGGCAAAAUACGACAAAUGUUUUCUCCAAGGGAUUGAGCAGCCAAAUGACAUCCUAAAAUGUAUUUCUUCUUAUAAGAACCAUCGAACCAUAUACCUAAACAAUCUAGACAUGCUAGCUUAUUCCAAAAAUAAAUUCCUAGGAUGAAAACAUCUGUAUCAGUGCUAAGGAUUAUGACAUGGGCAGACUGGAUUUUUACUGCGUGAAAUAUGUGACAAAACAUCCUUAAAUCGGCUUCUAAAUGAUUCGAAUUUAAGUCAGGCACCUCAACAAAUGAAGAAACUUGUAAUUUGAAACAUUUUGUUGGAUCAUCAAAUCCUCCACAAAUAUAUAACUCGCAAUCUUCUUUUAUUUGUGCAUAUUUAGGAGCAGCAGUACAGAGAAAUCGAACGAGCUGUAACUUAUUUUCAGUGCUUGCAAAGAAAUUAUUACAAUUAGCAGGAAUUUUUGUAUGUUCAUUUGAAAUUAUAAUUUUUUUCAUAAUUUUACCUUUACUCCGUAAAGUUGACUCCAGAUAUUUUAUAGAAAUAUCAUCAUCACUCAAAUAAUAUUACGUAAAUACAAAAAAAAAAUGAAUCGUUGCGCACUAAGAAUUAUUUUCUACUGACUAUUCCGAGCGCUACGACGUAUCAACGCGCAAGGCGGGGAGAGGGGCGGGUAAAAGGGAAAGGGACCAAUACAGCGGCUGGCAACAUGAGUUUUCUUUUUGUUUGGUAUCUCAGAUAAAAGAAUUUGAGGAUAGUUGGCGGUCCUCACAUUUUGCAUACUCAACUACCUUUGGCGCCUGCACUAUUUCUCAUUUCAGAACCAAUACAAUAUUAAAAAAAAGAACAAGCGCAAGACACAAUAGAACGUGACGUAAGCAGUAUUCGAAAAUUUAAAAAAAGCGAAAAUUUAAUGCCUUAGAAUGAAAACCGAGGUUCCCUAAGCGAUGCGUGUGGAACUAAAUUUUCUUUCAUUGAAUUUACGUCCUUCAAAUUUGUUUGUGUAGCUUUUGUAAAAUUGUUUUUUCGUUAUGUAGUGAAAAGCUCUUCCACUGUUUCCUUUUAUUUAUUUGUUGUUAAUUUUUCUUUGUAUUGUUUAGAUAUAAAUGCUGAUUCAUUAUAUUUACAUAGUAUUUAAUACAGCCGUGUGAAGCCGGGACGGGCCGCUAGUAUACCUAUAUUUAAGAACACAGAACCUGUAAAGGGCCUGGAACCUCAAAAGUGUUUAAGCAUACCUAUAAAAAUAUAUAUUUUCCAGACAGUUCCUCUGGGCUGAUUUAUCUGCCAGACGCUUCAAACUAUAAACAAGUGCGAUUAGGACUCGCGCGCGAAGGGUUCCAUAUUAUUCAUUAGACACUACGAGUAUAAUAAUUAUGUCAAGCAACAAACUGCAAAAAAUCACGUCUGUUUUAUGGGAGCCACUCUUAAAUAUUUAUUUUAUUUUAAUUAUUUAUUUUUAAAGUGAAUACCGUUAUUAAUAUCGAGCAAAAACCGACAAAUAAUCACGUUUGUUUUAUGGGAGCCCCAGUUUAGUAUUUAUUUUAUUAUAUUUCUUUGUGUUUUUUGUUAUAGCGGCAAAAAAAUAUAUCACCUGAUUCACCUGUGAAAAUUUCAACUGUCUGGCUGUCACGGUUCAUGAGAUUCAGUCUGGUGACAGACAGACAGUGGAGACUUAAUAAUAGGAUCCCGUUUUUAUUCUUUGGGUACGGAACCUUUUUCUAUCUGUAGUAGCUAUGCUGUUUUUCUUGUUAAUCAGUAAAAUAUUAUUAUUAAUAUGAUUUUUUCCAUAUAACUGUACUAGAUCCGGCGUAAUAAGAAUCCGUCCUUUUGUGAAUCCGACCAAGUGCGGACAAAUGCUUAAGCAUUAUAUCUAUAAUAUUAAUUUUAGGGUGAAAGUCUCUUCAAAAUACCUUAAUUGUAGAGGUAUGGGGAAUGCAAGGCAUGCUCAGCUAUUCUCUUUUCGGAAUAAGUGUAUUUCAUGUGCCUUAUCUAAAAGUUUUUGGAAUAUAGAUUGAAUUAAGUGCUUUAAUUAUACAGCAAUAAUCAUGAUAUUGUAGUUUGUAGUAUAAAUAAAUAAGGAUAAGUUACAAUAGAUUACAGUUAAUGAUAAUGACAGUUGUAUGUAUUGA